AUGCCUUGCAUCUGCCGGUAUUCUGAAGACGGAAUUUGGUACAGGGCGGAGAUCUUCAAUAUCGAAGGUCUGGACUGCGGUUACGUUUUCGUGUUUUUCGUCGAUUUCGGCAACGUUGAAUCCGUCACGGUGGACAACAUCAGAGAAAUGAGGAAAGAAUGGUUCGAUCAACCGGUGUCUUCGCAUGUCGCGGAGCUGGCAAUCGAACUGAAAACUGGGAACCACAUGGAACAUGUGUUCCAACAGAUUAAACAACUUUACGAGGAGGAGAAGUUAGUUUAA